AUGGGUUUUUCGACUGGGAAAAGUGCUGCUCAGGUGAAGGAAGACAUGAAGAGAGACUUUCUCCCAGCCUUAAUUUUGGAGGGUGGUGUAUGGCCAAUUGUUCAGGUGGCAAAUUUCCGAUAUAUCCCAGUCAGGUCUGGUACGACUGGGAAAAGUGCUGCUCAGGUGAAGGAAGACAUGAAGAGAGACUUUCCCAGCCUUAAUUUUGGAGGGUGGUGUAUGGCCAAUUGUUCAGGUGGCAAAUUUCCGAUAUAUCCCAGUCAGUUAUCUGCAGUCCUCAGCCAAUACCUUGUGUUUAGAUGGGAACACCAUGGCAUAAGAAUUUUGUCAGACGAGAAUCCUUGCAACUAA